UUAGGUUUUGUUGACAGAUUUUCUGUUGUAGACCCUGUUGGAUUGAGUGGGGGUUUGCUUUUGCUUUGGGAUUCUAAUGUAAAUAUUAUUAAUAUUAUGCAUAAAUCUUUUUACAUUGCGGUUGAAUUUGCUCUAGCUGCUGGCCCUUCUCAAUGGGGUAUUUUUGUCUAUAUGAGCACUUGCAAGAUAACAAGAAUGCAGCAGUGGGUGGAAAUGGAGAGAGAUAAAGCUUGUUGGGGUUCCAAACGGUUUACCAUGGGGGACUGGAACGAUAUCCGUUUUAAAGAAGAAAAAUCUGGUGGAAAGCCGAGAAGUGAUAGAAGUUUUCUAGGCUUUAACACCUUCAUCAGUAACAUGGAGAUGGAAGAAUUGCCUAUGCAAGGCUACAACUACACUUGGUGCAACUUGAGGGAAGCAGAGGGCCUUGUAGAGGAAAAAUUAGAUCGAGCAUUUGCUUCAACAGAUUGGCUGAUGGACUCUCCAAAUGCUACAGUGUCCAACAAAAUUAGAGGUGCAUCAGAUCAUUUCUUGCUUCUUCUCAGUCAAGGAACAGGUCAACACAAGAUACCUGCAAGAUUCCACUUUGAAAGGAAAUGGCUCAAUAUGGAGGGGAUCAAUGAAAUAGUCACUUCAUCUUGGUCACAACAAGCAACAGGGACUCCUUUUUUUAAAGUCAAGGAGAAAGUGAAGAAUACUAGAGCUGCCCUUCUUAUCUGGAGUUCUAAGUUCAGGUCCAAAAAUCAACAAUCAAUUGACUUGCUCACUAAAAAACUUGAGGUGCUUAGAGAAGAUAAAGCUGAAGAUUACGGGGAGCAAUGGAAUGCAACGAGGACUGAACUCAAUGCAGCCCAUAAGCAAGAAGAACUUCAUUGGCAACAGAGGUCAAAGGUGAAAUGGCUCAAAGAAGGUGAUUCCAACACCAAGUUCUUCCACGCUUACACCCUCCAGAAAAGAAAGCAAAAUGCCAUCUCUAGGCUCUUAACUCCUUCUGGAAGAGUGCUCACAUCUCAUGAAGACAUAGAGAACCACAUUUCUACAUUUUACUCUGAAUUAUUUACUUCAGAAGGAAGUUGGGAUGAAGAGUCUAUUGUCCAUCUUAUCCCUCAGACAAUCUCAGAUGACAUGAAUCAAACCUUAUUGAAGCCAGUUUCUGAGGAAGAAGUUAGAGCUGCUCUUUUCUCCCUGCCCCUGGAGAAAUCCCCAGGUGAAGACGGUAUGAACGCUCUCUUUUUCCAACUUUUCUGGAAUAUA